AUGGACGCUCCAAUCUUCCUGUCGCGCGACUCCUUCCACUCUCACUCAUCAACUUCAUCCACUUUCUCACGAGCACGCCAUAAUCCUAUGGACAUCUUCAAGAGACUCGGAUCGAAACGAUCGAGCAGCAAUGCAUCAGUAACACCUCGGUCAGUGCCAAAGCUACCCUCUGCACCAUUAGGCAGACGCAACAACGUCGAUCCCAGCAGUCCACAUGUCAUCACCACGCCGACUCGGAGACCCCGACCAGCCGAGAAUCCAGGCGCACCUCCUCCAUACACAGCCGCACCGUACAGCCCAGCAGACGUAGCGUCUCCGAUGCAAGUCGGCGAUGACUCACCAUAUGCUUUCCUUCGGGAAUUUGAUACGGUGUUUCUGAUCGAUGACAGCGGCAGCAUGGCAGGUCGCAGCUGGCGGGGAACAUCUGCAGCACUAAGUGCCAUUGCGCCUGUUUGCACAGCCCACGACGCUGACGGAAUUGACAUUUACUUCCUCAACCAUCGCAACCCAAAUAGCCAUCUAGGCGGUUACACCAACGUCACAACCACACAAGGAGUGCAGGGUCUGUUCCAGACCGUUCGGCCUCUCGGCGGAACGCCUACGGGCACGAGACUUAACCAGAUCCUCAAGCCGUACUUGGUGGAGGUGGCCGAGUCACUGGAACGACAGGCGCACGGCCACGAAGCCACGGUUAAGCCGUUGAACAUCAUUGUCAUCACCGAUGGCGUGCCCAGUGACGAUGUUGAGAUGGUCAUUGUUAACGCCGCGAAGAAACUUGACAAGUUCGGCGCAGAGCCAUGGCAGGUUGGUGUCCAGUUCUUCCAGGUGGGUAGGGAGCCCGAGGCGGCGGAGAAUUUGAGGGAGCUGGACGAUUCGUUGUCUGAGCAGUACCAAAUUCGCGAUAUGGUGGACACGGUGCCAUGGAAUGGAGAGGAAGGCCAAGAGCUUACGGCGCAGGGUCUGUUAAAGAUUUGUUUGGGGAGUGUGGUGCGGAGGUGGGAUCGGAAGACGGUGUAG